AUGGUCCCCAACAUAUCAAAAUUCAAAUCAGACAUUUGGCAGAUUUGCUACUCACAGUCUCAGAAGUUCCAAGAACUCGGCCUAACAGACAAUCCCUACGCAAAAGGAGGCAACAGGGAGCACAUAGACCCCUUAACGGGGGAACCACGCAACAGCCAACCGGGUUACGGCAACCCAUACAGAAGCGACCCAUACCCGCAAACUGGCUACGCGGACAACAAAGGUGAAGGUAACUCACACCGCAGUACCGACCGCAACGGAGGCCAAUCAUCCUCAAAUCCCAGAGGAUCCUUUACCAGGGGGAGAGGAGGCUGGAGCGGAAGAAAUAAUGAUACCCAUGGGGAUUGGAAGCGCAGUGGACUAGCGGACCUGCAAGACUGGCCACUUCAGAUCAAAUGUGAAAUGAACAUACCCGAAUGGGAACAUUCAUUAGAAGAGGCAAACAUAAGAAAUGAAUAUGAAGAUGUCAUAGAUGGGUUUAAGUUUGGUUUUGACCAGGGAAUCCCUCAUCACACUAUUGGUAACCUAAAAUGGCUGACCCCAGACAAUUACUUCCCAAUGGGAGCAGUCGUAAAUGGAGAUGGCUUGGUACAACCAAUCAACGAUCUCAGCUUCCCAAAGAAUAGGAGAAAUCAACCUUCAGUGAAUUCAUUUGUAAACAAAGACAACUUCACGAAAACUUGGGACGAUUUCAAUAAAGUAUCCAGAUUUUUCAAACAGCAUCCAGAACCGGUACACCUAGCGCUAUUUGAUUGGGAAAAAGCUUAUUUACAAAUUCCUACAGCCAUGAACCAAUUGCAAUACUUGAUGGUACAAGACUUCUCAGGAAACCUACUCCUAGACACUCGCAUAACUUUUGGAGGAGUAGCAGGUUGUGGGUCCUUUGGCAGGCCAGCAGACGCAUGGAAAGAAAUCAUGCUUCACCACUUCAACCUAAUAACGGUUUUCAGAUGGGUCGAUGACAAUCUCUUUGUGGAAGACAUCGAUUUCGAAACCAACAUGGAAGACAUCGUGAAGAAAUCGUCAAACUUAGGAGUUCUAACAAAUGUAACGAAGAAUUCACCUUUCCAAGAAGAACAGAAAUUUAUUGGGUUUAUCUGGAACGGCGUGGAUAAAACUACGGGAAAAUGGUAUCUUACGCGGAAAUCAAAAUACUCGUCGGACGGUUAA